AUGAGCAAGUCGAAGCGCACCAAACUGGAAGAUAGUAUUCUGAUGAACAAGCCAAUGGUCGAUCAGUACAUCCGUCAUGGGAGACGAGCAUUGGAGGAGAAAGAUUGGCAAGGUGCAAUGCAGCACUUUGACAAGGCUAUGAGCUUUGGGAAUAAACGAAAUUACACUAUACUUGAUCUGAAAGUCAAAGCAAUGACAGAAUUGCCAGAAUGGCAGGAUCCAGCAUACGAAAUCACCAAGAUGAUGAUUGCAGAUGCACCAAAUGAUUAUCGCGGAUAUUAUCGUCAAGCGAGAAUAUUACAGAAGAAAAAUUCUUUACAAGCUGCUUUACGACUCAUAGCCGAAGCUAUCAAAGUUGGACCAACCAAAGCUCAAGACGAGAAGAUAUAUAGGGCCUUACAGCGUUAUCGUACGGAUCUGAUAUUCUCACAGCAUGAAAACGAACAGCGUCGCGCUGCUGAAAGUGCCGAAGAGAGACGUAAGAUUGAAUUGGGUAGAGCAGCAGCGAAGAAAUCGAAAAUGAACUUUAUUAAUAUGCUUUCUCCUGAUGUUAUCAUCAACAUUGCUGAAGCUGGAUCAUCAGAUUCUGUCAACGGGAUGGGAUUUGUGGUCAAGAUGUCAGGUGUAUGUAGAUCAUGGAGGAAUAUCCUCCUGUCGACCGGUAGUUUAUGGAGUACUUUGACUCUAGGUAAGAAAAGGGUCGUUGAAAGAGUAAAAUAUACAUUAGGAAGAAGUAAAAAUAAACUUAGAGAAAUUAUCAUCAAAGACGAUUUUGAUAUUUCAAGAUUAACAGAUAUUUCCCAAUUACUCAAACCUCACCUUAAAAACGUAAAGCGCCUGACGAUCAAUGGAGAUAUAAAUAGAUUUAGUAGGUUCUGGCAAGGUGAAUUUCAUAAAUUGGAAUAUCUCAAGAUCAAAUCUACAGUAUUCGAAACGUCGGAUCUGGUUUAUAGGUUAUUAUCGUUCGAUUGUGAUACGUUGAAAGAAUUGGAACUGGAAGGAGGAAGAUACGAACAUAUCUAUAAUUACACUUAUGAUCUCACACUUCAAGGCCAAGCUUUGCAAAACGGUGGGAUACCGAAGCGAAACGGUGAUAUAGAAGAUGAUCCACCAUUCUGGACCGAACAUUGCCAAACCCAUCUAUCUAGUAUACAUACCCUGCGACUCAAGGAUUGUCAUAUCUACGCAGCAUGGACGGAUCCUACUGAACUGUUAUGUCAUUUCCCUUCUCUGGAGAAUCUCGAAAUGAUCAACGUCAAUUGGGAUUCAACUUAUCUCCUUGCUGAUCCCACUUCAAGAGGCUACAAAUGGAAUCAAAUUAGAUCAGCUAGAGGAUUAGAUAUGACACUGAAUGAUCUCAAGUCGUUCAGUAUUAGUGGAUCAAUUAGGAAUUUAGGAUUAUACGAUAUUCAUGCUCCUAAUCUACAACAUCUGGAUUUAUGGACUGUCCAUCCAAUCGGAUCAACAUCCAUCGCACCGUUAAUCACAACUCCAGGUUUGAAGGAUGCUUUGGAUAACUUACUUUCCUUGGAUAUCGGAAGAUGUACGAUCGACCUCGACGACUUACGAGAUAUACUACCUAAAUUACCUCAACUGAAAUUCCUCAAUGUAUCGUACUGCCCAUUAGACAACAAAUUUUUAGAAGCUCUGGAAAGACAAAAUAAGGGAAGCGAUUUGGUACCCAACUUAAUGGGUUUAUCGAUUGCUGGGAAUACAGAGAUUACUUCUGGACCACUGAAGAGGAUGAUACUUUCUCGUACACCCCGGGGAAUCAAAUCUAUAAAACCCAAAGAAGUGGUGAAGAAAGGAAAUCCGUUUCGACCUUUGGCUCCUGUCGUGAAACCAUCAUCAUCACCUUUCGGAUCAUCCAAACCCGCUUCAUCAAAAUCGCAGACAUCUCGAUCUCAAUCGUCUAAGAAAUCAUUCGCACCGGACUCGAUCCCAUCUACACCCUCUAGUAGCAACAGCAACAAGGUUGAUCUUAUCCAGACGAACGAAACUGAAAAAGAGAAAGGAGAACCAUUACCUAGUAUACAGUGGUUAUGUAUAGAUAAUUGUGAUCGGAUCGAAAGGGAGUUUAUAGAUCACAUCAAAAGCAAAGUGAAAUAUAUAUCAAAUGCGUACAGUACGAACAUGGUUGAAGCUCGUAUAAGAGGGAAGGGAAGGUAUAGCUGGAAGCUGGAAUGGGAUAUGGACUGUGGGGAGGGUGAAGGUGGAUGUCAUUUGAGGAAAAUACCCGGUUCGAAAGAUGGGUAUUACAUCCAUCAUACCUGUAAGAAAGCUAUGCCCACCAAGUCGUCAGCAGAAAGAGGCUGGAGCCAAUUAUCGCAAUCGCAACCGCCAGGACCAGGAUUGGGAGGUGGGUCUUUGGGAAGUAUGAUCUCUUCAGGUAGUUUCGAAGGGUUUUGA